CUUACUGGACUUACUUUAAGAAGAGAAGAAACACGGAUUCAUCUUUCUAGAAAAACAGUCUGAAAAGAUAAAGGCCCAUGGAUGUCGCUUUCAUUCCUGAAGACUUAUCCAGUUGUCCAGACCUUGGAAAUAAAUCCUGCCCUCCCACCAACCGCGCUUUCCAAGUCCGGGUGCUCAUGUAUUCGAUGAUGACUGGAGCCAUGGUGAUCACCAUCUUUGGAAACUUGGUCAUCAUGAUUUCCAUAUCCCAUUUCAAGCAGCUUCACUCCCCCACGAACUUUCUGAUCCUCUCCAUGGCAACCACGGACUUCCUGCUGGGAUUCGUCAUCAUGCCCUACAGCAUGGUGCGGUCCGUGGAGAGCUGCUGGCACUUUGGGGAGGGCUUUUGCAAAUUCCACGCAAGCUUUGACAUGAUGCUGAGCCUGACCUCCAUUUUCCACCUCUGCUCUAUCGCUAUCGAUCGGUUUUAUGCUGUGUGCUACCCUCUACACUACACAACCACCAUGACCCCCUCCAUGAUAAAGCGACUGCUGGCCUUUUGCUGGUCGGCCCCAGCUCUCUUUUCUUUCAGUUUAGUUCUCUCUGAGGCCAAUGUAUCGGGGAUGCAGAGCUAUGAGAUCCUUGUUGCUUGCUUCAAGUUCUGUGCACUUACUUUUAACAAAUUCUGGGGGACAAUACUGUUCACUACAUGCUUCUUUACUCCUGGCUCCAUCAUGGUUGGCAUUUAUGGCAAAAUUUUUAUCGUUUCCAAGCGACAUGCCCGAGUUAUCAGUAACAUGCCUGAAACCACAAAGGAGGAAGUGAAAAAAAAUCUGUCUAAGAAAAAGGACAGGAAAGCAGCCAAGACCCUGGGUAUAGUGAUGGGGGUGUUUCUAGCUUGCUGGUUGCCUUGUUUUCUUGCUGUUUUGAUCGACCCCUAUUUAGACUAUUCUACCCCCAUCAUAAUACUGGAUCUCUUAGUGUGGCUUGGGUACUUCAAUUCCACUUGCAACCCACUCAUUCACGGUUUCUUUUAUCCAUGGUUUCGAAAAGCCCUCAAGUACAUAGUGUCAGGAAAAAUAUUUAGCUCCCAUUCAGAAACUGCAAAUCUUUUUCCUGAAGCACAUUGAUUUAAAAGCCAUUAGAAAAAUGAAUAGAAUAUUGAAAAUGAGGCUGUUAUUAUUUUUACCUGAGGUGCAUACCUUACAUCCCCAGAUCACUGCAAAUAUUAUUCUAUCAAAUUUCAGUAAUAUAGAUGUUCUGUAACCUGCAUAAGAGCUACAUUCAGUACCUCUGGUCAGCCAAUCAAUCAAUCAAUCAAUCAUUUACUAAUUGUUAACAUUCACGUCUGACUGGUAAGAAAAAUGUACAGAAGAAACAUAAAACAUAGUUGAGAAUAGAUUGGCCUUGAAUAUACACAUGAAACAAUUAAAGACCAAUAUAAGAAUUUUUUAAAAGUGCUAAUGGUUUUGGGUCCUCUCAGUUUCCACUCUAGGAAUUCAGAAAAGGGAAGAUCAUUAUGACUUGUGAAUCCAUAAAAGUGAAACGUAAGACUGGUAUUUACUAUCAACUAGAAGUCUACUUAUCGUUUGGCUUGGGAGAAUUAUUCACAGUCAUUAUGUAGAUUGUUUAGCUGUAUCCUGGUAUCCGGAAGCUCACUAGAUGCAGCUGCUCAGAGGAAAAAGUUGAUUACAAAUCAUCAUAUACAAUUUGAGCUUUUAUACUUCUGAGUUUUUACUUUGUGGCUUAUAUUGAAAUGACUUUGUUUCCUCUGUCUCUAGCUGCUUAACUUGCAUGGUAUAUUUACGCUUCGAGCCAACCAUCACAAGCUUCUCCUUGGAUUUGUUUUAACCACUUUCUCUGAAAGUUGCCUAAAGUUUUACCAAAUAAAUUCCAUCCACACCGCAAGGCCACUGAUUUAAGUCAGAUCACUAACCCUAGGUAAAAGUACUUCCAGUAAUUUUUCUCUGACACAUUAAGAGACAAACAGAACCUUUCUUUAUAUGAUAGAUCAGGACAUACAUGAGCACAUGUAACAAUCAUGUCCACAUCUCCUCAUACCUGGAAUUAAGUUGUGGGAGGGAGAAAAGGAAAAGAAGAGCAAAGUGUCCCUGAAUCUAAGUUCAGCUUUAGGCCCAUAGAGAAUGAGGGGUGAUGUAGGGAGGCACAGUGGUAGCAGAUGAGUGGUUUGAAAUGCCUUUGGUGUAGAAUGAAUAAGAGAAGAACAAGAAUGAAUUUGCGGACAAGUAGGAAACUAUUUAUUGCAAAUCCAGUUGAGAGAUGAGCAUAGCUUAGACUUGGGAGAUGCUGAUGAAAUGGAGGGAAGCUGCCAAAGUCAUCAAAUACCACCAGAUAAAACCAGUGAGACUUCUAUGUAGGCUUUAGAGGGUGAUAAAGAGGAAUUCCAAGCAUGAUUUAUAGAUCCUGACUUGUGCAAUUGGAAGUGUGGAAGAUAGAAAAUCCUGGAGGAAACCAGUUUGGAGGAGAAGGGAAGAUCAUGAGUUCUAUCUAGGCAUAUUGGGAACUUGAGAC